GAAUGAGUGUGUUCUGCUGUUUUGAAAGAAACUGAAUUAUACAUCUAUGUAUAAACAACGCAAGGAUCACAAUGCCAAGACCUCUUCUCACUUUGAUAUUGGCCAGUGCUCUUACUUCUGUAACUGCCAGUGCUCUUACUUCUGUAACUGGAAAUUACAGCAUUAGACUGGUAGAUGGUACUAAUAACUGCUCUGGAAGAAUUGAGAUCUUUAUUGAUGGCGUGUGGGGGACAGUAUGCGAUGACGACUGGGACAUUAAUGACGCUUCUGUGGUGUGCAGGCAGUUGAGAUGUGGGAAAGCUGUGACUGCACACGGAAGUGCUCAUUUUGGUCAGGGAAGUGGUGAGAUCUGGUUGGAUGAUGUGGGAUGUACAGGACGUGAAUCAUCCCUCACAAAGUGCUCCCACUCUUCCAUUGGAAAACAUAACUGCGGUCAUUCUGAAGAUGCAGGUGUUGUCUGUGUACAAGACACAAGGUUGGUAAAUGGGUCUGAUUCAUGCUGUGGGAGACUGGAGGUUCAUCAUAAUGACCAUUGGGGAACGGUGUGUGAAGAUUACUGGGACAUGGAAGAUGCUGCUGUGGUGUGCAGACAGUUAGAGUGUGGAUCAGCCAUCAGUGCACCUCAUAAUGCCACUUUUGGUCAAGGCAGUGGAUCAAUCUGGCUUGAUGAUGUCAAAUGCUUGGGAAGUGAGGAAAGCCUCACACAGUGUUCACACCGUGAAGUAGGAACACAUGACUGUAAUCAUGGAAAAGAUGCUGGUGUUGUUUGUUCAGGUGAACUGCAGAUGCCCACACUUUCCCUGACCUCCACACAUUCAAUUUUUUCUCAUGGAGAAAAUAUCCAGUUCAGAUGCACAACUUCUAAACCAAGAUGCAAUGCUAAAGCUGGAUUCCAGCUCUUCAUAAACGGGCAAUCUAUAUCUUUCCAGAAACAUGUAUCUAGUGUGACUUUCAACAUUUUUAAUGUAGACAUCUCACAUCAGGGCAACUACAGCUGCCAUUACUCAUACCAAAACAACACUAUCAAGUCACCUUGGAGCAACAGAGUUAACAUCACUGUGGUGCACUUGAAGCAGCCCAGCAUUUCCCACAGUGUUCCUGAUGGAUGGUUUGACGUGGGGUCUCAGGGACCAGUAAUCACCAGAGGCCACGGUUUCACUAUCAUCUGUUCCACUGAAUCUCAUUAUUCUGGAGGCUCCUUCUACUUGAUUAGUGAAUCAAAUAUUACCAGGAGUCAAUCAGCUGUCAAUCACUCUGCCUCCUUCUCCUUUCCUGAGGCAGAUUAUUCAGAUGAAGGAAAAUACAGUUGUGUUUAUGAAGUUAGUGUGUCCUCACGCACCUUACGUUCAUCUCCUUCUGAACAGCUGGUCAUCACUUUGAAAGCCUCCCUGCUUCCUGUCAUUAUUGCUAUGGUUUCAGCUGCACUGCUUUUAUUGUCUGCCCUCAUAAUCAUGCUCCUGGUGAAAAGAAGACAAAACCAAAGCAAUAAGGAAACUCAUAUGAAGUGCUCCUUUAGAAAAGGUCCAGCACAUUCUUGUACAGGUGCAUUCAGUGACAAGAAAAUUGAAGAUGAUGGGGCUAAUUAUUAAAACCUGGAAUUUAAUUAUUAAAAACAUGGAUCAUGAUGACUCUGAAAAUGACUGUCAAUGUGAACUUUACUGAUACAAAAAAUCUGGUAGACAAAUCUGAUGAUGAUAUUUAUGAAAGCUUUUGAAAUGAAUACUGAGUGGACUCAAAAUACUACAAUUAUUGAGGCUCCAAACAGAUGAAUUGAAGCAUGACAUUGAUAUAUGUCAUGAAUUGAAAAAUCUAAUUUCCAUGGAUCUUUUGAUAUAUGAGAGGUCAUUGUAACAGUGUAAGUUUUAGAACUCAAUACUUCCACAUUAGUCCAAGUCCUUCUUUUAUUGAAACUAAGCCACCCAACCACCUUUUAGUAUAUCUAUAAUUAUGCAUUAGAUAUGAGUACAUCAGCACAAGACUGCCUGCACAGACAAGCCUCUUCUUUAUUGUUGCCUCUUUGACCCGGCACUUGCAAAUAAUAACAAAAUGGUUUGAUGUCUUUUAUGCUUCACUUGUUUUAAUAGGCCACUUAUAAGUGAUGGCUAUUGUUGUAUUAGAAAAAAAUAAAAAAUGCUGUGUCUUAUGGUUUAUAACA